CUAAUUUAGAUAAACAUUUAAUUUAGGUCCGCAUUAUGAAAAAGCAUUUGUAAGGCAUCCUACCUACGGCCUGUUACUGUUCUUCACAUACAUCUGGUAUCACGUUUGCUUCUGUAAUCUUCGAAAAAAGGCAAUUUUAUGCAAAAUGGGAAGGGAGAGUGGUCUUCUUAGCCGAGCAUAAGGUCUAGACAGAAAUAAAGGACAACAUUUGAGCAUAUUUCAUUUCAUCAAGCAUUAAAAUGGAAGGAUCAGUAUCAAAGAAAGAAGAAAACGGCUAUGACAAGCAUACCAACAGUAAAGCUGCUGAAAUAGCCUUCCUCGUGUGGGGAAUUCUCUGUUUUUUAUGUGAUUCAUUAGCUCUCUCUGGGACACAAGAUGUUCUUGCUGGCACACAACUGCAAACAUCCACAGUGUUCUUUUGUUGGGCAUCUUCGAGUGUGAUUGCAAUGGCAGUGGGGCCUAACAUUAUUAUUAGGACUUCUUAUAUAUUGUCUAUAUCGCUUAUGGUUUUACUAAUGCUUGGUGGGAUUCUUACAAUUGCGACUGGUGCUAAUGUAAAUAUCAAGUUAAUCGGCGAUGCCCUGAUUGGCACGGGAACUGGCUUUGGCUGUUCAGUCGCUCUUUGCUUUUCAACGCUCUUUCGCUGUGAACAAGUUCGGCAAGCUUUUUCAGCUGGAUCAGCAUUGGGAGAAUUGAUUGGAACGCUUUAUUAUACAGCUAUGACGACAUGGAUCUGUGUGUCUCCCACAAUAACCCUUCUUAUCAUGACACCGUUGUGUCUUCUUGCCUUUGUUUGCUUUUACGUUAUCGAUAAAAAUCUUGACAUCAAGAUCAGUCGCAACGUCAUCUACACCAAACUUCAAAACUCAAGUGCAAGUGGCACAGGDGAGAAAAUCGACAACAGCAAAGUGACGAUCAAGACUAAACUGUCCGCCAUUAUGACUUUGUGUAUUUAUAUUGCUGCUCCUACUUUCUUAGGAUUUUUCUCAGAAUACCUAUUAAUACAAUCAAUAGUAUCUACUCUAGCCUAUGAAAACUCUCCUUUUAGACCACGUGACCAUUUUCAAUAUUACUACAUAAUGUUAUGGUUUGGGGAGGUCAUCGCAAGAUCCCAUCGUGCAAUUCUUGGAGCAAUCAACGCCAAGUACUUAUACACCGUCACAUUAAAAAACCUGUGGAUUCUUGCUAUCAUUGAAGUUUUACACAUGCUAGUUCUAUUUUGUGAGGCCUGGUAUCGCUUUCUGCCUGGUGUUGGAAUAGUUCUACUUCUCUGUUUUACUGCAGGUGUUUUCAUAGGUAUGCUUUUUACAAAUUCUAUGGAACUCCUUUAUUGUAAUCUUAAGGAGAAAGAAAGGGAGUUUGGGAUGGGGCUUUCUAUCGUUYCAUUGAACUUAGGUAUUCUAGUUGCUGGAUUGUUGGGUUUUUCGUUGGAACCACAACUGAAAGAACACUGCAUGGCCACUUUGACAAACGAUGUUUUAUGCUCUACAAGAUCUCUAUCGUUUAAAGAUGUAACCUCGAAAUGUGGAACCUAAAAAUGCCAGUCUAAAGUGACGUUUCUAAAUCUGCAUUGCAAGUCCAAAUGUAAGUGUAGCCUGCUCCAUUUAAAGGCGUGAUUUGUAACCAAGAGGUGUUGUGCCUUUCGCCACAUUUGAGAAGAACCGUAACAACAAUAAAGAAAUGUAGCAAAAGCAGCAAAUGAAAAUUAAAAAGUCAGCUCAACACAGCAUGAUCGUUUCCCUAAUCAAUUCUGCUCACUAUUCACACGACUGKGUAAAAUCAGGAARUUUUCCUCUUUGUUCAAAUAACGCGAGGACGAAUUUGUUUUCUCACUCUGAAGAUGACUUGCAGGCAGGAUAUCGAAACGUCAUGUAGCUAUGACAGUCUUCCUCAAGACUUCUCUGAGACGAUCAUAGAGUGAACACACUUAAUCCAUGAAGUUUAAUACAAAAUAAUAUUUUAAAUUCUGC